ACUCGGGCUUUAACGGUUCUCCUCCUCUGUCAUUCCAUCAGAGGCGCUUCACUCCUCCAUCCACCUGUCACUCCCUCCCCUGCGGCACUGGAAAUAAGACUUUAUUUCUUCAUUUUUUUUUAACAACACCUCUACGGACAACUAACAGAAAAAAAUGGCGAGCAGCUUCUCGAGAAUGUUGUACUCCAAGCGCAGAAUCGGGGUGCUGUCGUUCGUGGGGGGCUCCCUGACGGCCGGACUGCUCCUCCAGCGGGAACGCGUCAGCGGCGGAGCGCCGGUACGCAGGAGCUACCCCGCCAGUGCGGAGUACCCCGACCUACGCAAACACAACAACUGCAUGGCCAGUCACCUGACACCCGCCAUCUACGCCAAGCUGUGCGAUAAGGCCACGCCCAACGGCUACACGCUGGACCUGGCCAUUCAGACGGGCGUGGACAACCCGGGGCACCCCUUCAUCAAGACCGUCGGCAUGGUGGCGGGAGACGAGGAGUCCUACGAGGUCUUUGGAGACCUGCUGGACCCCGUCAUCAAAGAAAGGCACAACGGCUACGACCCCCGCACCAUGAAGCACCCCACCGACCUGGACGCCAGCAAGAUCCACUCGGCCAACUUCGACCCGCGUUACGUGCUGUCGUCCCGGGUGAGAACGGGCCGCAGCAUCCGGGGGCUGAGCCUGCCCCCCGCCUGCACCCGGGCGGAGCGCAGGGAGGUGGAGAGGGUGGUGGUGGACGCCCUCGCCGGCCUGAAGGACGACCUGGAGGGGAAGUACUACAGCCUCACUGUGAUGACGGACCAGGAGCAGCAGCAGCUCAUCGACGACCACUUCCUGUUUGACAAACCUGUGUCCCCCCUCCUGACAUGCGCAGGCAUGGCACGUGAUUGGCCUGAUGCCCGUGGAAUCUGGCACAACAACGAGAAGACAUUCCUGGUCUGGGUCAACGAGGAGGAUCACACCAGGGUCAUCUCCAUGGAGAAGGGCGGGAACAUGAAGAGAGUCUUUGAGAGGUUCUGCAAAGGCCUCAAGGAGGUGGAGCGUCUGAUCCAGGAGAGAGGCUGGGAGUUCAUGUGGAACGAGAGGCUCGGUUACAUCCUCACCUGUCCCUCCAACCUGGGCACAGGGCUGCGGGCCGGGGUCCACGUCAAGCUGCCCCUGCUGAGCAAGGAUCCCCGCCUCAAUAAGAUCCUGGACAACCUGCGUCUGCAGAAACGAGGGACCGGCGGCGUGGACACCGCUGCUGUGGGCGGAAUCUUUGACAUCUCCAACCUGGACCGCCUGGGACUGUCUGAGGUCCAUCUGGUGCAGACAGUGGUCGAUGGCGUCAACUACCUGAUCGAGUGUGAGAAGAGACUGGAGAAAGGCCAGGACAUCAAGGUGCCCCCACCCCUCAAGCAAUUCAAGUAGACACUGACCCCUGACCCCUCAACCCUCUGGGCACCUACGUGUGCAUUAACCCCCCCGCUCUGUGCCCAUAAAUAUUAUAAAUAUCUAUUUCAUUACCUCCUUUGUUACCACUACGUACCUAAAUAGUUCUCCCUGCCCCACAGUGUUCCUCUAUAAUCCAUAAUCUACACACCUUAUAUGCAGCUAAACCGAACCAGAGACCCAGAAUGCUGCUUGGGGCUUUGUUGUGUCCAAGAAGCAUUUGAAGGUUUUUUUAAAAUCUCAAACGGUGCUCUAAAGUGUCAGCGAACGUUAGCGACGGACGCAGCAGAGCCAAGAUGGCCGCCUCUGCAUGGUCAAACGGUUUCUUUGGCUCUGCUUCCAAAGCACUCCUCAGCCGGCCAAACCCAACGUGAUCCUCGCCUCGAGCCCCCUUCCUGCAUGUCCCAUCCCCCGACCAGCUCCCCCCCCCCCUCAUUGCUGUGUGGUGGUUGCUUGUGACUACUCUCUAGUGCUUGUGUCGUCCACGCUUCUCUUCACCAUUUCCAGUGGAUUUGAAUGUAGAUUAGCAGCGUAAGGCUGAGGAGACUGUUUGUAUAUGGAAUGUUAUUACAGCACACACACACGGGCCGGGCCGGGAAAAGUACUGUAAGCUACUGAAGCAAUACCAUCUAGCUCAUCGUGAAUGUCAAACUGUCUUUUAUUAAAGAAAUCAUCUAUUUAACAGUU